ACUAAUGAAAGUGAAAAAAGUAAAAGUGGGGCCGGGAGGUGAAAAGAAAACAUUCGAGGACUUCAACGGAAAUUCAAGCAAAAGCGGGGACCACAAGACAAACAAACUUUCCCGUUUCCCGCCGGCAUUUGUCCGAUCAACAAGCCAGCAUAGUUAGUACUUCCGAAACCGAAAAUCAGAACAAUUAGAACCUGUUUGGAUGGACUUAAACUUUUGUUAUCUUUACCCGAAUUCAAAGUAUUAAAAGCACCUAAAAUAAGCCAAUCCAAACAGGGUCUUACAAAAUUUUGAAGAUGGAAGACAAUCAAUUGCGAUUGUUCAUGGAAUCAGGAAUUUAUAAGCUUAACUCAAACGCCUUAUUCAUCGACCCGGUUCGAAUACUGAACCGUUCUUACACCCGGGUUAGGGUUUCGCCUGCUACAUAUUACUCUCGGUUCUUCGAUUCCUCGAAUUCAACACAAUCUCCAAAAGCUAUCGAAGAUUCUAGAAAACGAAAACGUAAACAGAAGAAAAAGCCUCAGUCUCUCAAUGAACGCGAACAAAUCGCCGAUCAACGUCAUCAGGAGGUGAAGCCGUUUUUGUUGAAAGCGCAUGAAGCUCUGCUUGAAGCUACUGAUCUUUUGAAAGAUUUGAGAAAUUUGAGGAAUGAUGGAUGUGCUGCGGGGGGAUGUAAGGAGUUGUCGCAGGAAAGUAGUGAGCUAUCCUUUCUGGAGCUCGGAAGUGUUUGGCAAGCUCCGUUGUAUGAGAUUGUUCUCAAUUGCCAUCAAGAUGAUAAAACUUCCCAAGAUGGAGGUUCAACACUUGUUCGGAGUAUUGAGCAAAGAGUCACUCCUGCAUUUAAUAAUCUAAUUGCCAAUGAGGAAAGCUGUGAUAUAGAGGCUGAGCUUUUCAAUCACAAGUAUAUAAUUCCCAAAAGGAGCUGUUUCUAUAUGUCUGAUUUGAGGCAGAUUGACAAUUUAAUCCCAGCUGAUUCUGAUUGUGGCUUCAAUCUCAUAGUUCUAGACCCCCCUUGGGAAAAUGGCAGCGCUCAUCAGAAACUGAGGUACCCAACUUUGCCUAAUCGAUACUUCUUAUCUCUCCCUGUCAAGCAACUUUGUCAUACCUCCGGAGCACUUGUUGCAUUGUGGGUUACCAACAGGGAGAAAUUGCGAGGUUUUGUGCAGAAUCAGUUAUUUCCCAAAUGGGGAGUAAAAUAUGCAGCUAGCUUUUACUGGUUGAAGGUUAAGGCUAAUGGGAUGAUGACUGGUGAAUUGGACCUCUUUCAUCACCGACCAUAUGAAUGUCUUCUCCUAGGUUACUGUGAUGGAAAGGAUACGCAUUCUGGUAAUUUAACAAAAUUGAAUCCCAUACCGGAUAAUCAAGUGUUCAUUAGUGUUCCCGGCGAUUAUUCAAGGAAACCGCCCAUUGGAGAGCUGCUGCUAGAUUAUUUGCCGGGGUCUAGGCCUGCUCGCUGCAUUGAACUGUUCGCUAGAGAAAUGAUAACUGGCUGGACUUCUUGGGGGAAUGAACCUCUUCAUUUUCAGGAUUUGAGAUAUUUUGUUAGUAAGACAACUGAAAAAUAACGGAUCCUGGUAGAAACACCUCUUACUGAGAAGUUUCAGUCCAACGACAUGGCACCCUGACGAUUUCUCUUUAGGUCUGGUUGCAACAACUAUGAUAAAACACUAGGAAAGGGGGAUGACAUGCAUUAUGUGUUCAUAACGAAUGGUUGUCUGCCAUAAAAGUCCAACUCAUGCUCUCUAUGGAGUACAUAUAUUCAAGUCGACAACUUUGGGGCCUUACGACAAAGUUUAUAUAUCAUAUUCAAUUCAAUGUGAUUGUUAAUGACUUGAACCAUCUGCUGGGAAGGCUUUGUCUCACUAUUUCUUAGCCAGCCAACAACAUUCACCACAGUAUUUUGCACUAGCAACUCAAAUUCUCUGUGAAAGCAAUAUUUUGAAGCUUUGCAUUUUACAGAUACCUCUGUUCAGUGCUGAACUAAUUUCCUCGAACGCUUUCUUUUGAAACUAAACGUCAGUUGUGUAUAAACAUUUAUCCUUCAUUGGAGGUUGCCAGGGCAAUGAACAGGACAAAGAUACUUAUUUCCA